AUGCUCUUUUCUUUUUCUUUUUCUUUCUUUGCAAACAUUGAUUGCAAUACUCACUGGGUGCAGGAGAAACACCCCAUCUCCCUCGUGUACGAGGACGAGCGCUGGCAGAAGACCAUCCGCUACUUCUUCACCCGCCACGGCCAGCACAUCACCUCCCUCGAUCUCAUCUUCACAGACAUGGACCAGCUCCCCUCCCUCCGCCCCUUGAUCGCUCGCUGCAGCCCCUCCCUUUCCUCCUUCAGACUGAAGCUGCGGGGCUUUGUAACCAUGUUUGACGAGCACGAGUACAAGGACUGGACUCUCAGCUUCCUCAAAAACUGCUCGCACCUGCAGCGCCUGAAGCUGGGCCGGGGCAUGUGGAAUCUUGAUAAGAGCUGUGCGAAUGCCGCGUGGCUGAAGUCGAUCCGUUGCCUGACCCUGAAGCAGGUGGAUACCAGCCACGUGAACUUCGAUUUUCUUGAUUCCAUCACACCGCAGCUGCACGAGUUCACGCUCUACCAGCACUGGCACCUCUCCCGCGGACCCGUCUUUGGCUCCCAUGCUAUGACCUUCUCCUUCCCCAACGCCCGCCUCCUCCGCUUCCGCUUCGCCAGCAACGAGUUCAAGCUCACCCUCUCUGUCUCUUCAGCGCUCAAGACUCUCUCAGUGAUGGCCAAGUGGUUGGUCCUCUCCUGCAAGAGCACCGCUCCUCUCGUUCUCGACCACCUCUCACUGUACGGCCAAGAGCGGCUUGUAAUCUCCUCCCUCCGCGUUGCAUCCGUGCGAGCCGCCUACCUCAACGGGCCGGCCACGCAAAACGUGGAGGUGCUUGUAGUGAGGCACGGGAUUCCGAUCCACGAGGUGGGUGUGGAGUGGAGGAACUUGCGCAGCCUUGGGAUUGUCAUGCAUGCGGAGGGGCCGCACAACAAAGAGUGGGAGGCGACGGUGGAGAAUUACAGGGCGUUCAUGGAGGACGGGGAGUUUGAUGAUGAUUUAGAUGAGGACGGUGGCUUUGGUGGGUGUUAUGGUGAUGAUGACGAAGAGGAUGAUGAUGAUGAUGAUGAUGAUGAUGAUGAUGAUGAUGAUGAUGAUGAUGAUGAUGAUGAUGAUGAUGAUGAUGAUGAUGAUGAUGAUGAUGAUGAUGAUGAUGAUGAUGAUGAUGAUGAUGACGGGAUGAGGAUGGCCCCUGCCAAGCCGCCUUCCAUCCGCGCUCCGAAUCUGCGGUUCCUCUUCUUCCCCUCUCGCAAGGUGUGUGACGCCGCCACACUGGCUGCACUGCGGCAGGACUACCCCGCCCUGGCGCUCUACUGUGUGGUGGACCGCUCCUUGUAUUGGGAGAGGAAGGGCGAGAGGGUGAGCAAUGCGCCGCUCAAACAUGUGCGGCAGGCGAAGAGCGGGGUGCUGCGGGAUAGGUUUGAUGACAAGAAGCAGCCGAAGAACGUGAGGGAGAAGAUGUACAGUGUGAAUCGGGAGCUGGUGGAGGGGUACAGUGACACCUCCAACGGCGAUACCACCUCUCCCGCCGCUCCUCCUGCCAUUCCCCCUGCCGCUUCCCAGCUGGCCGCUACCCCGUCCGUCGCUACCCUGCCUGCCUCUACCGCUCCCCUCCCUACUCCACCCCUUCCUGCCCUGCGUACCGCUGCCCCUCCCCGUGCGCCCUCUGCUCGCCCUCUGCUCGCCCUCGCGCCAUGGCGGCAGCAGCUCGUGCCCUGCAACGAGCAGCGGCUUCCUUCUCCAACAAUCGCCGUGUGA